AUGGAGGCGCCGCCGCUCAUCUACAAGGCUACGUACUCGGGCGUACCCGUCUACGAGAUGCCCUGUCACGGCGUCGCCGUCAUGCGCCGUCAAGCCGACGCAUGGGUCAACGCGACCCAGGUCCUCAAGGUCGCCGGCUUCGACAAGCCCCAGCGCACCCGCGUCCUCGAGCGCGAGGUCCAGCGCGGCACCCACGAGAAGGUCCAGGGCGGCUACGGCAAGUACCAGGGCACCUGGAUCCCGAUGGACCGCGGCGUCGCCCUCGCCCGCCAGUACGGCGUCGACCGCCUCCUCGACCCCAUCUUCCAGUUCGUCCCCUCGGCCACCUCGCCGCCGCUCGCCCCGCGCCACAUCACGGCCGCGCCCAACCGCCCGCGCAAGAAGCACGACGACAGCGACGAGGACUACGGCGGCGGCGGCAGGAGCAUGACGCCGGCGAGGGAGGACGCGAGCGAGACGAGCCAGACGCCGAGCCCGCUCGGCCUCGAGGGCGACGACGACGAGUACCACGACGGCGGCGCAGGGCGGGCGGGCCCCUCGUCGAGCAAGAAGCGCAAGGUCGCCCACCACGACCCGGCGGCGUCGAUGGGCGGCGGCGGCGGCGGCGGCGGCAUGGCGAUCGACGGCGUGUCGGCGCACCAGCAGCUGCAGGGGCUCGGCCCGCUGCGGUACGCCCGCAUGAUCCUCGACUACUUCGUCAGCGAGUCGCAGCAGAUCCCCCAGUUCCUCCUCGCGCCGCCAGGCGACUUUGACCCGAACGUCGUCAUCGACGACGACGGCCACACGGCGCUGCACUGGGCGUGCGCCAUGGGCCGCAUGCGCAUCGUCAAGCUCCUCCUCACGGCCGGCGCCGACAUCUUCCGCGCCAACUCGAUGGGACAAACGGCCCUCAUGCGCUCGGUCAUGUUCACCAACAACUACGACCUGCGCAAGUUCCCCGAGCUCUUCGAGCUCCUGCACCGCUCGACGAUCAACAUCGACCGCCAGGACCGCACCGUCUUCCACUACAUCGUCGACAUUGCGCUCCAGAAGGGCAAGACGCACGCCGCCCGGUACUACAUGGAGACGGUCCUCGGGCGCCUCGCCGAGUACCCGGACGAGGUGGCCGACAUCCUCAACUUUCAGGACGAGGAGGGGGAGACGGCCCUGACGCUCGCCGCCCGAGCCCGGUCCAAGCGCCUCGUCAAGAUCCUCCUCGACCACGGCGCCGACCCCAAGAUGGCCAACCGCGACGGCAAGACGGCCGAGGACUACAUCCUCGAGGACGAGCGCUUCCGCGAGCAGGACGUCGUCAACGCGGCGGCGGCGGCGGCAGCAGCUGCGGCGGCGACGGUCGCGCCGCACCCGAACGGCAACGGCACCUUGUCGGGCCUCAUCUCGUCGGCGACGGCCGCCGCAGGAGGAGGAGCGUCGUCGUCGUCGGCGGCGGCGGGCCUCGGCGCCGCGCAGCUCCACACGUCCGAGACGGGCCAGCGCGUCGCGACCGACGUCAUCCCGCGCAUCUCGUCGCUCCUGUCGACCCUCGCCACCUCGUUCGACGCCGAGCUCGCCGACAAGGAGCGCGAGCUUGCCCAGGCCGACGCGCUCGCCGCCGCGCUCGAGGCCGAGAUUGCCGACGCGCGCGCCCAGGCGCAGCAGCUCGAGCAGCAGGCGGCGAGCCGAGGCGCGAUCGAGCACGAGGUGUCGCAGCUCGAGGGCGAGCUCGAGGCCAAGGUCGGCAAGCGGUUCCGCCUCGGGUGGGAGAAGUGGGUCCGCGACGAGGAGGGCCGCGAGCAGCAGUACGAGCGCGACGCCGCCGAGGGGCAGCAGCACGAGCAGGAGGCCGACCUCGAGGCGUACCGCGACCUCGUCGCCAACCCGCCCGCCGACGCCGCCGAGCGCGCUCAAGCGCUCGCGAGCCGCAUCGCCGAGUUCCGCGACGAGCGUGGGCGCCUCUUUGCGCAGCUCGUCAACGCGCAUGCGGCGGUCGGGACGGGCGCCAAGCUCGCCCAGUACCGCCAGCUCGUCGCGCUCGGGUGCGGCGUCCCGCUCGACCAGGUCGACGGCGCCAUCGAGGCGCUCGUCGAGGACCUCGACCAGGGCGUCGGUUUGCCGAUGCGUCAGGGUGACGCUGUGGACGAGCUCGUCGCGGCGUGAGAAGUGUCGUCGUCGUCGUUCUCUUCUUC